UGAAUAAUAACAAAGGCAAGCCUGAAAUUGAGAAAGAAAGAAAAAUGGGGUUAGGGGCAUCAAAGCGAGUGAACAACAGUCUACGCAACUCGUCCCAAUUCAACUCAGCAUGCGACUCAGCGUUCACCCACUGCCUCUCCCUAACCCAGCACGCCUACGACGGCGUCCUCCCUUACCAACUCAAAACCGCUUCCGAUCACAUCCACACCCUCCUCCUCUCCGACACCAACCCCCACCCACUCAUCCACAAGUGGGUCGCAACUCCCCCUGACCGCUCCCAAGUUGACUCCGCCCUCCGCCGCGUGAACCACCGCGGCGAAACCCUCGGAUCCGCCCCCUUCAAGGAUUGGGCUCACGAGCUCUACACUGAUGCCGUGGUGGCCGGUGCUGGCAAAGCGCUUAUGCUGCGAGUUCCGGUCGGUGUCGCCGGGAUUGUUGGAAUCGGCGCACUCGCUCGCCCUGCUCCGGUGGUGAUCGGAAGCUUCGUCGGAGCUUACUCUCUCGGCGUUGGAAUUUCUAUUUUUCUUGGUUUAUCCGCUUAAAAUUUAUUUCUUUUUUCCUUUUUUAUUUAUUUAUUUUGUGUCUUUGAUGAAAUUUUCCCUUUUUAUUUGUUGUAUAUUGUGAAUAUUAACUUAAAUAAAUUAAUGUGCAUAGUGUAUAUUUUUCCUUUA